AUGGAUAGAAUUCACCAGAUUCGAGAUGAAGCUCCUCGCUCCAAAGACAUUACCCUUGAUACAUCGUCAUUACCGAGCGAAUCGUUUUUAACCGCGAACGAAAGCUCAUCAUUCUAUUCUUUAACUGAAGAAGACUCUACGUUUAUCGUAUCACCGUCGAAGGACAGUUCGUCGACCUCCAAUGUAGAACCAAGCAUAACAGACCCAAAUUUAAUAUGUAAUUUAUCACCAAUACACAAAAGCAAUGAAAUAGAAAGUUUUAAAAUUGGAAAGCAAAUUGAAGCUGCAAACAUUUUAUCUGGUGGUGUGAAUAUAUUUGAUGACAAUUCCUAUGAUGGUCACGAACUUGUUAUUGAUGAUAACCCAAUUGAUAAGGAUAUAAAAGGUGAUGAGAAUGAGGAUACAUUGGAAGCAGCUGAUAUCAGUGAUGCUACACCUAGUAAGGAGACCGAAGUAGUGUUGCAAAUUGAUGGUAAGAAUGUUGAUGCAAUUGAUAUUGGAAAUGGAUUGUAUUUGUACCGAAAGACUGGAGAAGAAGAAUUAGCUGCUGUACAGAUCAUAGAUGGUGACCAACAACAGCAAACUUUUAAAUUUCUUAAAGUUCGUGAAAAUGCUGAAGGAAACUUGGAGGUAUAUGAAGAAAUUGAAAUUGAAGUUCCAAAGGAAGCGCCCGUUAAAGACGGUAAGCCUGCCUCUAGUACUUCACAAACUUCCAGUGAGAGUGUCAAAAAAAUAAAUCACAUUAGGGAUAAAGUUGUUGAAACUACACAAAAGAUAACACAGAAUGUCUUAGAAAACAAUGAAUCUAAUAGCAAGGAAUUGGAAAAAUCCAUUAAAGACCUGCAAGAAUCCAAGUCUGAAUUAAACUUUAAUGGCAAAACUAUGAAAUUCAGUGAAUCCCGUAAGUCACCUGUGAUUGGCACUUUUACUCCUAUGACCUACCACUCAACACAAAAUAAGGAAGGUCGACCUCUUACAAAAACAAUGGUAGAUCAGCAUCUACAACCAAAUAGGCAUUCAGAUAAUAUAAAGAAAACCAUAGAAGUAAAUACAGACAAUUGUAAACAAAAAUUAGAAAAUGUUUUAAAAUAUAAAGAUGAGAAUGAUUCUACAAAUGAAUCAACUGAAAACAGUUUAAAAGAGAACAUUGGAAUACGUGAUAUUAUGCCUUCCGCCAUUAUUGAUACAAUAGAAACAAAACAUGAUGAUAAUUUUGCUAGUGAUCUCAAGAAAAGUCCUCCAGAGACUAAAGCCACUGAAGGCGUUAAAGAGGAAGGUUCUUAUAAGGCAAAUGAAGUUAAUGUAACAGCAACUGAUAAUAAAAUAACACCCGACGCAAUAUUGAUUCCUAAUAUGUCUAAUAAAUUUGAAAAUACUGUUAAAUUAAUAAACCAAGAUUUAUGUAAUGAAACAAAAAGCAAUGUAUAUAGUUCUACUCAGUCUGUGUCCACACUGGUUACUGAUACAUUAUCUGACAAUACCGAAACAGAUGUAGAAGAUAAAUUGGUUAUUGCAGAAGAUAGUAUUAUAUCUGAUGUCUCCAAUGAACCAACUACGAAGCCCGUUGAAAUGAAUCCUGACUCUAAAUCUAAAAGCGAAGGAGUAGUCUCUGAUUUGGAUGGGGUACUAAAAAGUUGUGAAAGUAUUGUGAAAAAAAUAGAAGAAACCAAAAAAUGUGAACCACAAGAUAGUGAAGUAAUGGAUAAAAAUAAAGAAAUUCAAAUAGCAAUAGAUAGCAGACAUACUGCAGAGAACAACGAAAGUAAAUUAGAAGCACAAGAUAUGAAGCUCGUUGGCAAAGAAGAUACUCUUAAAGUUGACUCUACACAAACAAAUACAUCAAAUCUGCAUGCUGAUACUAUUGACACAUAUAAAACUUCCAAACAAAAAAUAGUUGAACCUACUAUUAAUACAAAAAGUAAAGGUUGUGCUACUCAGCCAAUACUUAACGAUAUUGAAAAAGCUACUAAGACACUCGACUUUGAUGUUAAGAUGUCUACAAGUAAUAUUUCUAGGUUGAAACAAUUUAUUGUGGAGGAAUCAAAGGAUAAUAAGUUAAUGCAACAAAAAGGAACUAGUAAUAGCUGCAGUCAAAAUUCGCAAGGGGAUUUAAGAAUAGAAAAGCCGUUACAGUUUCCUACCAUGCAGAAAACAAUUCCUUCCAUUGAACAGAAGUGUAAACCAAAAACUGAAGAGAAAAUAGACUUGAAUCUCGUAAAAAAUCUAGAACAUAAAGUUCCAUCCAAAGUUUGUCUCGCUGUGCCUUUUGGAAAAUGGACUGAAGCUAAUAGGCAAGAAUUUUUAAAUAAAAUUAAGGAAGCAAAGGUAACAACUAGUAAUUCACAUACAAAACAAAUUAAACAGACUAAUGACUUAAACAGAAGAGAUUUCUUGAAAAAGAUAGAUAGUCAAAGGCAGACAAAUAGUGUUGCAGUAAAGAUUCAAGAUAAUGUCAAUAAUAAAUUGAAUGUAAAACCUAGUUCUACAGUUUUUAAAAAUACUGCUUGUGCCGUUGAGAAACCAACAGUACCUGAUAUAUCGAAAAUUAAAGAAACUCUUCCUUCAAAAUCUAACACAAAGCCUAAACCGAUUAUAGAAAUAACAAACAGUAAACCAGAAAUUCCCCAACCCGUGGUGAAUAAAUUAAUUUUAGCUCAAAGAAAAGAAAUAAAUAAUCAAGAUCUGAUCGACAAAACCAUUGAAGGAAUAAUAAACCGAGCCUUACCUGCGAAAGCUACGCAAGAAGAUAAAUCGAAUAUAGAAGCGAAGGCCAAAGAAAUAUACAAUUCGAGCAUUGUCACUUUAGACGAUAUAGAACGCAAAAUGAAUGAACUUCAUGGAAUACCUUUUGUUGAAAGGCCGUCCCACGAAUUACCGGGGCUGGAAUCGAAACCUAACGAUACCGAUAAUUUAUGUGAUACUAAAAAAGAAAACCCAGUCGUACCUUACACAAAUAAACAUCACAAAAAGGUGAAGGAGAAUGACAGAGCAAAUAUUUCCGAUGAAGAGGUUAUUGAACAUGAGCCUAUCACCGGAGAUAUCGCGAUAACUGUUAAAGAUAAAUUACCCCAAGAGGUGGUAUGUAAUAAUGGUGCUAAAAAGGAGUCAAUAAUCACAGAAAAAGAUUUUGAUAAAUUUGCUAGACGUAACUCUGUGACUUAUGAAAAUUGUCUUACUGUUAAUUUUGAUAAGAGGGAACCGUGCAAUGUUACACAAAGUAUUGUCCCGAUAGCAGUACCCGUAAAAAAGAUGUCUCGAAACGAACUGAUGCUGGCAGAAUCAAAAGCUAAAUCUACUCAUAAACAGUAUCUCGCUCGUCAUAAUAUCCAUGCCAGCAAAAUUCCUACUGCAGUGAAAUCCACGCAACCGGAGAUUACAGCGAGCAAAAAUUAUCAAUCUAAAGUACAAAUGGCGUACCAAACCGCGAUAACAGCUAAACAACAACAAGAACCUAUUACUAUAAUUGAAGAUAAACCCGUGAAAGUAGUGUUUGUGGAUACAAAUGCUGAGUUCGGCGCGCUCAAACUAAAUGUCCAGGGUCAAGAGCUGUCGCCGUCGAUCAAGCCCACAAACGAUAAUGCUUACAGUACUUCGGAGUCCAUCGAUUCAGAUAUCAUAGAAACGAUAGCUAUUCAAAAUAAGUUAUUGGAAAAUAAAUCAAAGGUUAAACAUCAAAGGAAACAAGUUUUGACACCUGUCGAAGCUCCCGAACUUGAACUAAUUGUACCCAAGGACCUAGGUUUAGAAUUUUCACCGAAGAAGAAGCGCAAAGUCGAUGAGAAAAUUGAUAAAAAAUCCAAGUCCCUUUUGCCAAAAAAAUCCUAUCUUCUUAACCGUAGUAUUGAGGAUGAAAAACAAUAUAAAAUUCAAGAUGUUAUUAAAACCUCGGAUUUUGAAACUGUUAAAAGAAGUGAAACGUACGUUGUACACUCUGACCCCAUAUCUGCCAUCGACAAUUUAGUGAAAGCAGCCGAAUUACUUGAAACACAAAGUGGAAAUAAGUUAAUGAAUAGUGAAGAAAAUGAAACAAAAAUAGAACAAACCACUCCAGCCAAAAGAGGUCGCGGGCGACCUAGAAAAUAUCCACUGCCUAGCUCUGAAUCGGAAUUAAAGAUUCCUGUAAGUCCACAAAAAGAGAAGAAAUCAGAACAAAACAAUUCCAACAUUAGUCUAACAGAGACAGAAGAAGAUAGCAGCGAUGACGAAAUUAUACAGGUAAAUUGGACUAUGGGUAAGAUAAAUGAAAAUAUAGUUUGUCCUAUCUGUAGCAAAUUAUUCCGUUCCGAAAAUGUUGUGUUUAAACACGUAAAGCAUUGUACGGGCCCUUCGCCAAAUAGAUCUGAGUCUGAUAAACGUAGUUCUCGCAGACUAAGGAAUUCAAAUGACAGUAAAGGCUUUUCUUUGGACAGUAACUCGGAAGACGAGGUCGUUAUUCCGAGAAAACGAAAAUCAAGGGAUUCUAAACCAGCAUCAAAACAUGAUGAUGGAGUCAAAUUACAAGAAAUAUCAGAAAGAACACAGGCUCAUUCCAAGCACGUAGAGAAAAAAGAAGUAAAAGUUAAAAGCAAAUUAAAUAAUCUUGCAUGUGAGCUGUGUGGGAAAACAUUUCGACAACUAUCUUAUUUACUAAGUCACAAAAUACAACAUAAAAAGGAAGAAGCCGAAAAGUUAGAGAAAAUUAACAAAACCGUGUUUUGUUGUGAAGUAUGCAAGAAAGAAUUCAGAAGGUUACAUCACUUAGUUCAACAUCGCUUGAUUCAUGAUCCGAAAGUAAUGACUGCGAGGUCGAGCAGGAAGAGCUCAUCAGAAGUAAAUGAAAAUAAACAAACUAAAACCCAGGCUAUACCACCAAUGGAAAAAGAAGAUCACAAAACAGUGUUUCAUUGUGAGCCCUGUGACAAGUAUUUUAGAAAACUCCAUCAUCUCGUUGAACAUAAAGAAACUCAUGAUGGUAUCAAUAAGAAAAGUACUCCCAAUAACACGAAAGAUGCUGUUAAAACACCUACCCUGCAUCAAUGUGACAUAUGCAACAAAACAUUUAAGAAGUUGCAGCAUUUGAUGGAGCACAAGGAUCAACAUUUAGAAACAAGUUCAGAAAAAUCUGACGAUAAAAGCGUUCAAAGCUCGCUAUCUACCCGUGACAUAAUACAUGAAUGUUCCCUCUGUUAUAUGGUUUUUCCAAAUGAACACUCGCUUAAAAAGCACUUUGUUAACUGUCAGCGAAAAAAGAAACAAUCCGCAGCGAAGCUAUCGAAAACAGGCGAAGUAGUUAUUAAAGAAGAAAGUAAAGAAGAGAUAGAUAGUGAAACUGACAAAAAACCCAGCAUAGUGCCAGAAAAAAUUAAACCCUUUUCUAGCAACGAGGUAACUUCAGCUCCGGAAAAGAAUGCCAAACAAAAUACAGAAAAAGAAAUGUCAGACCCUGUUUAUGAGGUUGAAGAACAACUUGAUAGUAACAUUGUCGAUGAUUCUGACAGUAAGAGUGACGAUUUACCUCUUGUUACAAAAAAGACAGAUGUCGCUGACAGAAUCAAAGUAGAAAAUGCCACGAAACCCGUUAUUAAGAAAGAGGAAAUAGAAAUCAUUGUUAUACCAGACACACCGACGCCUAAAAAACGAACCGCGGGCAAAGAAAAGAUAGGGAUUACAGUUACGAAGAAACAAAAGAUCAGUGUGUUACGUAAUAUUGACAAAAAGAUUGAGUCAAGUGACGACGACGAAGUGAGGUACAUGCUGAACCCAGAAUAUCAGGACAAUAACCCGGAGGAGAAAUUUAUGAAGGUACGAGCCGAAAAGCGCAGCUCGCUUCAAAUAGAAAGACCUAACUCGAAAGACUUAGUCAAACGAAGAAUCUCCCUGCAACACCCUCCAAAAAUACUACGUCUGAAGACAAAAGUAGAAGCACGGCCGAUACAAUCGGCGUCUGUUAAAAAAUCUAAAUCUCUUUUGAAAACGGCGUGUUCCACUGAUUCGGACGAUAGCGACGUUAAAUAUUCCUUCCCUGAAACGGUUGUCGAUAAACCCGCUCCAAAAAUAGUGAACGAUAAAAGAAAGUCUAUAAGCGAUAAACGAAAAUCACUUCCUGGCGUGGCUAAAAGGAAAUCAUUGGGAAAACAGAAGAUAAAUCUACCCGUGAAGGUGGUCCGAAAGCGUGCCGAAGCCGAGCAUCGAUGUGAUUGUGGACAGUUGUUUAGCAGCGCUGCUCUUUUGUCCCGACACACCACUUUAGCACACACACCUCCUAGAAUACGAAAACGUAGAUCUCCCCCGCCCGAAGACCCCAAACCGAAACAACUAAAACCUACUCUCAAACCGCCAAAACAGACUUUAGCACAAAAACUCACAACACAGAAACAAACACAAAAGCAGAACACACAAAUAAAAACACAAGUUAAAAAGUUGAGGAAAUCUAGUGAUAAGCAAAGUGACGACAAGGAUACGCGCAGGACUGCUCUCAGAGGCGCUCCUGACAAGUCACGCAAAAUCAAAUAA